UAAGACGAAGGCUAUAUAGUAUUUUAAGCAAGUUGGUUAAGCAAAAGGUAUUCAUCGUGUGCUAUUAAAUACGGCAAGUUAUUGUUAAGUGAGGGGCACGAAAUAAAAGAAAGAGGGAUCCCACCACUGCUUAACAAGAUAAAAUAAUUGUGAAAAUCUCUACCAACUAAAAAGAGGAAUCAUAUUGUUGAACAACAACUAACAGCCAUUAUAUUAUUUAUAUUAAGCAGCAUACAUACAUAAUUCAGUGGAGCAAGAAAAAAUAUGAUGGUAAAAAUGUGAAUGUUGGUUGGUUCUUACUCUUCGUUUGAAUAUAAAAAAAAGGAUUAAACGUUGUGCAAAAUUUCUGGAUCGGAAAUAAUAUACCAGAAAAAGAAGAGCAAGAAAGCCGAAGAAGGUGAUUUAGUGGUUGUGCUACUUUCCAGGAGGGUUCAUUAUCCUCCAGCGCAGUGCUUUUCUAAUACUCAGCAAGAAGGGAAGUCACUCACCGGCUCGUGGUGAGGCCGUGAUAUCUUUUCAUGGAAACGAGGAAGAUGGUUAUACAAGUGGUGUGAUAACUUUAGUAGUGUCAAUUUUGACACUACCAGCCAAACCUUAGGUGUCAGGUGUCCAUCUCCUUGUUUUAAUAACUGCCAAUUUCGUCUGGAUUUGAGCAAAGAAAUUAUUCUUCUAUUUGUCCAAAGUUUUCUAACAAACGCUGGCGUCAUCCAAACGGCAAAUUAUCUCACUUCCAGCUUAUCAAAUACAUUCUCUCUGAUUUUCAAUCGUAAAGUGCACUUGGCGUUUUUUGGACACCACCUCCACCAUAGAAACCAUGUCCUCCUAUAUAUUUCGUUUUUAGCCUAGCAACAGUAGCAACCAAACAGGGUGAUUUUAUAGCUUCAUUUUUUAUGUCUCUACUUUUUUUCCGGAAUAGACAACAACAAAUUAUUCAGCUGAUCAUUUUCAAAAUAAUCAAAUUUCAAGUUUUGAACAAUUUGUAAAGGAAGUAUUUCAUUGUACUUCGAGUGAUUUGUAAUCUGUGUAAAGUUGGACAAGUAUUUCUUCUACAAUUUUAGCAAUUCUUGUUGUUUUUGUUUUUUUAAAUUCUCGUUCUUAUUUUUAUUAGUACUUGUCGAUAUUUGUAAAUUGUUUUAUUAUGUAUCUAUUUUAAGUCUGCAGUAAUUAAGUUUAUCGUUCACUGUGAUUAUAAAUAUUAGGGUUACUUGUGUGGAUGCCUUUCGUCUGUGUUUUGAAAGAUUGCGUGAAUAUCAUCCGUUUUGAGUUAUUCGCCGUCAAGGUUUUUCGUGCGAACGUUAGUCUAUAAUCUGAAUGCAAAAUGAGCUGUGAUGGGAGGAAAUGGGAAUGUCUCUACUGCACCUUCUUGAAUUGGCAAUCAGCUAUAAAAUGUACAAUGUGCAGGUCACCAAAACCACUAGAAGUCAUAGAAGAGGGGGCCCCGCCACCCUUGUCUUCCUUCCCGAGCGAAGAUUCUAUAAUUCCUCUUUCUAACAAAAGUCUACGACUACCUAUCGUUUCAUCCCAGUUUGAAACAUCAUCAGGAUUAAUUCCUUCAUCAUCGGAAAUUCAAGGUGCUUGUCAUUUGAGUCCCUGUGCGUCCAGAGUAAUUGGCGGUGGAACGACUCAGCAAAAGUACACAUCAAACAAACUGCAAGAAAUUUCGAGUCCCAAGCGCCGAACUCCUUCCUCUCAUGACAAACUAGGUUCCAAACAAUGGGCAAAUCGAUGGAAUUGGACCUGCCCUUCGUGCUACACUCAAAACUGGAUGAACGCUUCUUCCUGCAAAAAUUGCAACACAAAAUUCAACUCGCAGUGCUUGAAUGAUGCUUCGGAGGAGGAGGAUGCAUUCGUCCCAAAAAUUCAGGAAUCUUUAAAGAUCUCAGAGUUGGCGGAGACUGGAAAUUACACGGAGUCUAUCAAGAGACCAAAUCUGCCGAAUUGUUCUCCGGCCGACUCUCCUGCCAAAAUUAAUACCACUUUUCCUCAAGGUGCUGAGAAAUACACUAGAUCAAAUAGUCCAAAUAAUCCUAGUAAUGCUAAUCAAGAAAAAUGGACUUGUCCCGUGUGCACGUAUGAUAAUUGGCCAAGAUCUGUAAAAUGUAUAAUGUGUGAAUGUACCCAGUCGGGAGAUCAAGCCAUGUCGCUUGGAACAAAUGAAGUCAACAAUGGUAGCUUGUUCUCACAAACCAAUCUUUGUGUGGACUCUGUGAUGACGCCGGCGUUGGCUAAUUUAUCACUAGGUGUUAGUAAUAAUUGUAGUAGAAAUUUUGAGACUUCACGGUACGAGGGCAAUGCUCUGAACACGAACUACUCGGACACGAUGCGCAUGAGACUGUUUCGUGGGAGUGAAAUGGAUCGUCGAUGGUUGGAUGCGUGUUGUGGGGUUGUGGACGGAAAUGUUCAACUUGUUGAAGAAUAUCUGUCGUCUGGAGGGGAUCCAACAAGGCAGUUAUCAGAGUCUGAAGUUGCGCUGCUGGAUCGACCCUCUGCAUUUGAUAUUGGGUUUACUCUCAUUCACUUGGCGAUUAGGUUUCAUCAGGAGGAUGUAUUGGCUACGCUAUUGUCACAAGUGGAUGGGACUCAGCCCGUGGCAAAGAGGGUCCCGUCAUAUGCCGCACCCAACGUUGCCCUCGAAAUUCGACGUUUCGCAAUGGCAUCCAUUCGUCCAAGAAAAGGAACAUUACGCUGUCAUUACACAUCUGAAUUAGUCACAUUUACUCUGCCUUCUGAAAUCGAUGAAAUGACGCCAGAAACGCAAGAAACACUAUUUGAUGAAAUUUUGGAUCGCGAUGUACAAAAAGAGUUGGAAAAUGGACAAAUCAUUAAUUGGUCCAUCGAAGUUUCCGAACAACUUAAUUCUCGACUAUAUGCUUUAUGGAAUCGUUCCGCUGGUGAUUGUCUGCUCGAUUCAAUCCUUCAAGCGACUUGGGGAAUAUUUGACCGUGACAAUGGCUUGCGAAGAGCGUUGUCGGACUCACUACAUGAUUGUACCACACAAUUUUACCAGCGUUGGAAAGAAAGCGAGCUCCAUCAUGCCAGGCAUCUUAACUACAGUCUGAAUGAAGCGCAGUGUUCGACGGAUUGGGCAAAGCUAUUGUCACUAGCAAGUCAACCAGGAUCUAGUCUGGAACAACUUCAUAUUUUUGCACUAGCACACAUCUUGAGGCGCCCUAUCAUUGUUUACGGGGUCAAAUAUGUCAAAAGUUUCCGAGGGGAAGCUAUUGGAUUUGCUCGUUAUGAAGGAGUGUACCUGCCGCUCCUGUGGGAGACAAGUUUCUGCUGGAGGUGGCCCAUUACGUUGGGCUACACCAGAGGUCAUUUUUCAGCCCUGGUACCAAUGGAACCUGACUGUGACCCCUUGGCUAGAGUGGAUUCAGCAGCUCAGCUCGGUCCUGAAGUCAAUGAGCGAUCCAUUUAUCUUCCGCUCACAACGGUUGAUGGAGCUGUUCUUCCUAUCCAAUUCCUUACACAAUCCGAGAUCGGAAAAGAGGAAUUCAUUCUUAGUCAAUGGCUGGAUGUUGCUUUUACCGAAAACGGAGUUAUGGUAUGUCGACAACGAAUUCAAAAGCGGCCUUUGUUGGUUGCUCAGAUGGUCGAAGAAUGGUUUAACCAUUACCGUCGGCUUGGCCAAAUGACUACAGCUCCAUACAUGAGGCAAUCCACAACGAAUUGUUAUUCUAGUGGCGAAGGAGAGUCUGAUAACGAUUGAUUAGAGUGAACCAACGCACCAAGGCACGCAUCCAAAUUCUGCCAGAGUGGUCACCAAAUUUCUGACUUCGAAACCGUUAAAAAUCACAACUCGUCGUAAAAACACUCAUCCGAAUAACCAAAAGGAUAAAUCAAAUUUGAAGUAGCGUUCAUAAGUGAUGAAAUAAUACUACAGCUACCUACCUAUAUACUUUCGAAAUAGCGUACAAAGAAUCAACUUUAGAUUUUUAGUCUUGAUAGAACGAAACACAACAUGAUACAAAAUGUCCUAUAUAGAUGUAUAACUAAUUUUCAUCAACCGAUACUUAUCAUUUACGAUAUUUCAAAUAUUACUGCACAGUGCGCGCAGAGCUGCUUUGAAUAGUCGAGAGCAAGAAAUUACCCUAUAUAUUUAUCAAUUAUUAUACAAAAUGUAUGUACUAGAAGACUAUUAUACAUCGUAUAUAAGUGGUUAGUGUGAAAAAUUCGCAUUAACUGUAAUCAUCAUCAUCACAUGAAUACUGUAUUAACUAUGAACCAAUAUCUAGUUAUACAAAACUUUUAUGUAAUUAUAAAUUUCAAGGCCAAAUCGCUAAUUUUACGGCUUUUGUGUUCCCGGUUAUCGUAAUAUAAUAAUAAAUCCAACUUUCCGAAUCUUUUUUAGUUACACGAACAUUAUUUUAUGAUAUAAGGGUUAAAAUGGUGAACCAAACUAUGAAUUUCGGUGCACAAAUGCAUCUAGAAUUUGACCUAGAUAAUAAUAAAUCCUUCCGAAUGACAUUACAUA